GCCACGGACGGUAUUUGCUGUAACACCGCAGCUCGCAGUGCUGUGAGCGAACAUGCGCUUGAAACUUCAUGUGACGGACUCUGGAAAGCUGCAUGAUGGUGUUUAUGUGAUCUGACUAACCUGUCCUCCAUGACUGAAGCCGUGUUUCAAGCGCCUAAACGGCGGGCGAAGGUUUAUGAGUGUUUUGAAGCUCCUCUGCCCGUCUCAUGGAGCUCAGAGGAUGAGGAUCACAUCAUUUACAGAGCAGAAAUCAUCAGUCAUCAAGUCAUAGUCACAAAUCCUGCACACAUACAGACACUAUAUGAGAGGGGUUACUUUGGGAAAGGAGUGUUCUCGAGAUCCAGACCUGAGCACGUGAUCUCUCAACAAUGGAAAUACGUUGGAGACAGAUGUGUGCCUGUGAUCUCCUCGUCAGAAUACCAGAAGCGUCUCAGCUGGGCGCGGGCGGCUCUCGUGAUGCAAGGAUUGGACGACGAGUCUGUCAAUCAUGCAUUGCAGAUACUCACAAAACCAGUGGAGCUUGAUAUCAAGGACGAACAGAGUCAAGAACCAAUGAAAUCUCAGGCUGAUAGCGUUGGCGGCUCAUUGGAUGAUGUGUCUUGUAAGGCGGAUUUAAAUCUGGAUCAGACUGAUACUGCAAGGCCUCAGCGUCAAGGAAACCCACUUCAUGACCCUCUGGCUGAACUCUAUCCUCAAGAACCAGAGCGGCUGGACCAGCUCUCAAAGCCCAGCGUGAAGUGCAGAAGACACGACGACUGGAUCGCUCACUGUGGCUGUAGACCUGAUGAAAACCAGCUGAGUUCAGAGCGGAUUGUGCCCAGCACAGACCCAUCAGAAGCCUAUGAAUAUGUGCUGGUGGAGGUUUCUGAAGAUGAUGAUGAUGAUGACCGAAACUCUACCGAGGGGAGCUUCUCAAUGGACCAGCGGGGGAAGUUGGUGUGCAGAAUCAACCCGUUCACCAUGAUGGAGUACCUGCAACUGAGUUAUGAAGAAGCUUUCUUUCUGGUUUAUGCUCUUGGAUGCUUGUCAGUUUAUUACAGCGGGGAACCUCUGUCAGUCGCUCAGGUUUGGACGAUGUUUCGUUCACUGCAGCCCAACUUCUCCACCUCCUACACGGCCUAUCACUAUUUCCGCAGUAAAGGCUGGGUGCCGAAGUCUGGGAUUAAAUAUGGAACUGACUUAAUGCUCUACCGAAAAGGACCACCGUUUUAUCAUGCGAGCUACUCGGUGGUGGUGGAGAGAGCAGACGCGUGUUUCAGAGGCGCUGCGCUGCGGCCCUUCAGCUGGAGGUCUCUCGCCGCUCUCAGCAGAACCACCGGUAACGUCUCAAAGGAACUGAUGCUUUGUUACGUCAUCACUCCAUCUAAUCUGACAGAAGACAUGCUGUCGUCGCCAGACUGUCUGAAGCGGUUCACGGUACAGGAGGUGCUGGUGAGCAGAUGGGUCUCCUCAAGAGAGCGAACAGAACAGGAGGAAGUUUAAGACAGCAUUCCUUUUUCCAUUCCUUGCAUGUUUAUUUUGCUUCAAAAAAUUAAGUUGCUAUUUAUUUUUUUUAAUAAUGUGCAGAGAUUGUUUAAACAACGACCAGACACAAAGUCAAACAGUGUUCGACAAUAAAUAUAUGGAGAGAA